GGGACGCGGGAGUGGAUUUAAAGGCUCCCCCCUGUGGGUGGGCUUCCAUAGAGAGAGAGAGGCUCCUCUCCGCCCUUCUCUUCCAUUGACCUUUCCCUGCUCCUUCUCUUUUCUGUGUGGCUGACAAAUAAUCCCUCUCCCCUCCCUUCCCUUUAAGGAGCCCCCCCUUUAAUUCCUUUCUCUGGGUUUUUUUUAACCUCCUUGUUUGGCCAUUUGGGGCCAGCAGCCCCUCUCUCUCUCUCCCUUUCCCUCUCCCUCCUUGCAGCAGUUUCACUUCUCAGCAGCCUUCCAACACUCAACACUUCCUGCCCUCUUUGUUUCCAGCUUUCUUCCACACCAAACAGUUGGACUUUCUUCUCCAUCUUGCUCAGAACCAAUGGCAUCAGGUGUGGAGCUCCUUCGGUUCCAGCUCCCCGGCCAUGAGGCGGCCACUCUGCGCAACAUGAACCAGCUCCGUUCCGAGGAGCGCUUCUGCGAUGUCACCAUUGUGGCAGACAGCCUCAAGUUCCGGGGCCACAAGGUCAUCCUCGCUGCCUGUUCCCCCUUCCUUAGAGACCAGUUUCUCCUCAACCCAUCCUCGGAGCUCCAGGUUUCCCUCAUGCACAGCGCCAAGAUUGUCGCCGACCUCCUCCUCUCUUGCUACACCGGCGCCUUAGAGUUCGCCGUCCGAGACAUCGUCAACUACCUGACGGCGGCCAGCUAUCUGCAGAUGGAGCAUGUGGUGGAGAAGUGCCGGAACGCCUUGUCUCAGUUCAUAGAGCCCAAGAUCAGCCUCAAGGAAGAAACGGCCAAAUACGGGAUCCACCGGAGGUCCAAGUCCCCCAGCAUUGUGGGCUGCACUACUUCUACCUCAACCCGUAAAGAACACUCGCGAAAAAGGUCUAUGCAGCGCCCUGUGAAGCUGGAGUUCCCAUUGGAAGAAGAGCUGGAGAUGAAGGCAGAAGAUGAAGAUGAAGAUCAGGAGGACGACUACGGAGAUGAAGAUGCUAUCUCUGAUAUCUGCAUUGUGAAGAUCGAGUCAGCCAUAGAGGUAGCUCAGCGACAGAAGAAGCAGCAGCAGCAACAGGCAGGCACGAGUUGGAAUAACAAAGAUAUGUCACCCCAACAGAGCUGGAACAAGGAAAGUUCUCCCCAGCAGACGUGGGGCAAAGAGUCUUCUCCCCCAUCAGAGUGGAACAAGGAUGGAUCUGGAGACCAAGAAGAGCCUCAAGUCAACUCUACAGUGGCAGAAACCAUGGGGUCUUCUCCAGAAUCGAGCCCCGAGAAACCCCAACAUGGUGUAGUGAAAGCCUCCUACAGCCUGUCUGAGGAUGCUGAGGGUGAAGGCCUCCUGAUCAUCCCAGGUGGAAGCUACUUGGAGGAAACCAGUGAGGCGGCAGCUGUGGCGGCCGAGUGCCAGAGCAGUGGUGGUGGGAUGGGGCUGGUGCUGGCAGGACUGAGUGGGCGUCCCUUCUCCACCUUUCCUGCCAUGGGGAGAGGUGGCAGCUCAGGAAUCGCAGGAGGCGGAGGAGGCAGCGGUGCCUCUAGAAUCAUCCGCUGCACCAAGUGUGAGGAGGUUUUCCAAGGUGUGGAGAAGCUGGUCUUCCACAUGAGGGCCCACCACUUCAUCUUCAUGUGCCCCCGCUGCGGCAAGCAGUUCAACCACAGCAGCAACCUCAACCGGCACAUGAAUGUCCACCGCGGUGUCAAGUCGCACUCCUGCACCAUCUGCGGGAAAUGCUUCACCCAAAAGUCCACGCUCCACGACCACAUGAACCUCCACAGCGGCGAGAGGCCUUACCGCUGCUCCUACUGCGACGUCCGCUUCGCCCACAAGCCCGCAAUCCGGCGCCACCUCAAGGAACAGCAUGGGAAGACCACGGCGGAGAACGUCAUGGAAGCCAGCGUGACCGAGAUCAACGUCCUCAUACGCUGAGGGAGAAAUGGCAGGGUUGGGAGCGUCGAGAAGUGGAAAGGAGUUCCUGAGCUCUGAGGGAGGGAAGUGGGGUGUAGUGGUUAGAAUGUAGGGGUGGCGAGCCAGAGCUCUUCCUUUGAGUUUUUUGGGAUAGGAUUAGUGUCUAGAUUACUAGAGGGAUGGAAACUCCUGGAUUGUGUGGAAGGAGUUUGUGGGUGGGCAGGGGCUAGUGGAUUAGAAAAGAAGAGUAGGUCGUAUGGGAAGUAAGGCUCCUGCGUUGCCCAGGAGAUGAAGGGGAUCUAGUUGGUCAGAUUAGGGGGAAUCCGGGCAGUGAGGAUACAGGAUUCCAUGGUUCUUUUCACUUCCUUUCUUCACAGUUCCCAUCCCUCUGUUUUUAAUGUCCUGUUACCAGAAAUCACUACCUCUUUUAAAGCCUGAUCUUAUGCAUAUUUACUUGGUAGUUUCUGUAUAUACUUAUGUAUAAGUUGACCACAUGUAGAUUUUGGAGCCAAAAUUUCGGUUUUUAAUUUGUGGGUAAGGCAAGGGUCAUUCCGUGAGGAAAGCACCACAUUGUCUUGGACCCAACUGCCCUUGGCUGUCACUAUUUGCCCACCCAGGGAUUCAAAAAGAUUGGAAGAGGUGCCACAACAUAUAAGAGAAGGUCUGUACUUAUUUUAGGUUCUUGUGAGAUGGACUGACCUUUUCGUCAUUCCACUAAAAUAAGAUGUUUCCUUUUUGAUGCAAGCUAGGGCACAAUACUUAAGUGGACCCAUGGCUAGAUCAAUCUAGUAGGGGAUUAAUUUUUACAAUUUCUAGACUUAUACAUGAGUAUACACAAUGUCCCACCCGAAGUCAGUGGGUCCAAUUCCCAAGUAAAUGGUAUAGGAUCAUGAUCUGUGGGUUAUUAGGGGAGACGCACACGACUUAAUAAAUACCUCCCCCUCUGCUUAAAGGGGCAUAAA